GGCUGAAGAUUUUUUGACUAAAUCUUUCUCUCAUCAAUCAACAACAAAUCUUCUACCAGCUGAAACAAAUCCCAUAACAACAAUGAAUCUUCUACCGGCCGAAACAAAACUUGACAUCUUCAAAUGCCUCAACUUUUACCAAUUGAACAACUUUCAACUGUCAAAUCGUCAUUUUUGUGAAGUGAUCGUCAACUACAACAAAGAAUUGGCUAAGAAAGUGUUUCGUUCUGUUGAAUUGGUUGCUAAUUAUGUUUGUAAAGAGUUGGAAUGUGCUCCUAAUGAAUUGGACUUGGAGUUAAGUGGGGAAGACAAAUCAAGGUAUCAAACAGCAAUUCAAGAACGGAUUCCUACCUGCCUUUAUCACAAGGACAGUUCUCGUGUAUCAAUGGACGAUAAAACGAAUGAAAUCGCAAAUUUGUUGUUUGAAUCAGGAGAAACAGAUGGAACAUCGCCUAAAUUUCUGCGACUUCAAUUAAAACUAUAUCCAGAAACAAUUGAAGAAAUGGUUGUUUUUCGUCACUGGCUAGAAAAGCUUUCCCAUUGCUUCAUCGAAAACUUCAAAGUUGAACAAGGCUUUAUCAAUCCGGACAUUCUCGAAUUAUUUUUUGGCGAUUCUCCGUUGAAAUUCCAUACAAACCGUUUUUAUCUGAUCGGCAAAGAACACUCCAGUUCUCUUGGAGGAUACGAAUUAAUGUAUCAUCACGUCGUUAUUCACGGUUAUAGAGGCUUCUAUUUCGAAGAUAAUUUUUUGAAAAUGCGUGGCGAACUGGUAAAAGAAGAAGAACGUUAUUUUCAAAUGGAGGAUCCAGAGUUGGAGAAUGAAGAAGAACGUUAUAAAGUUGUGGAGUAUGAAAUGUUUGGCGUAGAUAAUCCACAUAAACAUGAGAUGAUGUAUUUGUGUUUUCCAAUUGGCUCUAAGAAAGUAGAUGUUUGGGCAAUGAGAAAAAUUGAUGGAUAAUUUUGUUGUGUUGUAAUUAUUUUUAUUGUAUUUGUGUUGCGAUUUGUAUUUAUUGUAUAAAAAUGUUGUGUGUUGUAUAUUUACUAGGGUUGGACAUAGAGGUCAGCAAAAUAGUGUUUGCGAGAUCCCGCAUGUGAAAUUCUUUAAAUUUUUGUGGGACAGGAUUUUGCAUGAUAAAUCCCGCAAAUUCCCGUAUCUCGAUAAUUGAAAAAGUGCGGGAGCGGUAUCCCCGCGGGAUCCUGAGACGCGCAGGUCUCUAAUUGUUAAUCAAAAAAUAAACGCCGAACACCGCGGCAAAAGUCGCAAAAUUCAAAGUUGCGGACAGAUAAUCAAAAAUCUAAUAGGGAUUUUUCAGUCCGCGAAAGUGUUCCGUUAACGCUUAGAAUUUGUCUUGGACGUGAUAAAACGUACUAAUUGAUAAACUGCUGAAAUGUAUCCAUUGUAAAAAAACAAAUCUUUAAUCCUUUUUGUCAUUUCAAUUUGAAUAAGAUACUUUAAAAACUUGAAAGAAUAAAAAAUAAAAAUCUUGUAAGUAUUUGCAAAAGGUCUACAAAACAUGUCGAUAUUCGGAAUAAUUACCAAAAAAUGUUUUUUAAUUGAAUAUCAAUUAUAAAUUUAUUUUUUGUCUUCCUACUCUCUCCUCAUUUCCCCUCUUCCUCAACACAAUUUCCAUUCCCCUCGUCAAUUUCUUCUUCAUCCGUUUCCUCUUCACUUUCACUAAUCGAAAAUUUUCUCAUUUGAGGCAUAACAGUAAUUUCCUCAUUUUUAUCCUUAUUCU